AUGAGGAUCCCUCCGCGAUUGUCCAAAAGUGAAGACGAUCCUCUCGCCAACCUUCCAAAAGAGAAGGGAGUCGGAGCACCGGCUCCGAAUAUAGCAUGUAUGCUUAUGGAUCGACUAGUCAGCGCUGUGGCUCGUGGAGCAGUAAGGGGAAGAAUCCGAGGACAAGCUCUCGCAUCCAGGCGCGCUACUGUUAUGCGCAGUCAACCGGUUUAUGAAAUUUUGGAACCAAUGAUAGAUGAUUACGUAGAGGAGUUUGUACCGGUUGGUCAGCAAGUUCGCCGUGUUCGGGCACCAGUUCUAUAUAGACGUCCGAUUGAAGAGCGCGUGACUCUCCCUCCUCCACCACAGGUGGUAUAUGUUCCAGUACCUGUACGUAGUAACAAAAGGGCGCACGCGAAAGGCACACGCGGUCGUGGAGUUCAGCGAGGACUUGGGCAAAAGAAUGGUGGUCGCGGUGUGUUGAACAACACCAACUUCAAAAACCGAUACGGUUUUGUUGCUGGACGUGGUGGCCGUGCAGGAAUGGGGCGUGGUGGAGUCAAGCGUACCCCGCAAGGCCAUUACAAUCCAUUGCCGAAGAAAACAGUCACUCAACUGGAUCGUGAGCUUGAAGAAUAUAUGAGGAAAUCUAAGCAUCCUAAAAUUGUCAUCUAA